ACUUAUAUAGCAAAUACUACAUAAUAAAUAUCAAUAAUACUGUAAAUUAAACAAAAAUUGGCUAUAUGGAAGUGUAGAUAACAAAAUAAAGCAAAUGAAAUUUUUAUAUAGAAUAUAACUGGUUAUUGUUGUGCAUAUUGGAAUACGUAUAAAUUGUUUAACACCGAUCCUUCCAACACAUUUUCAUCGGACAGCAGUUUAAAAAGAUCGCUAGUAUCACUUUCACAUCGAAUAGGAGUAUCAAUAUUUGCCCUUGGGGUGAAUUUUUCGGAGUUCUUCUGAAGACGAUUGGAUCGACAACAGUAGCGUUGUAUAACGUCAAUACGCCAUUAGGGCGGUGUUUAAUAUAACGCCACAAUGGCGACUAGCGAUGAUGAGCCAAUGCAUCUAUAUGAGGUGUUUCAAAAUUGUUUCAAUAAAAUCGCAAAUAAACAACCGGCUGCUGGUAAUGAACGAAAUGGUGGCUAUCAAUCGCCUUAUGGUGGUUUAGGUGUUGAAAAUGGAAUGUACUCAAAUGAUGAUUUUAAUGCAAUGCAUGAUGCAUCUGGAAGUGGUGGCCGUUUCACUAGUUCUGGUCCGGUUGAUCAAUAUUUUGAUGCGGGUAUUGGAAAUGGUGGUGCGCCAGGUGGUGGUUGGUAUACUUCACCAGUGGGUGGUUAUGGUACUCAAACAUCAUAUCAAAGUAACGGUCCAAUUGGCGCACAUCAUAUGGGACCGCAGCAACAUCACGAAGGUGAUGGGCAACAUCAUGGUAUGAGUGCCGGUUCUAGCAUGGGUUUGACAAUGGAUGGUGGCCAUAUUGCUAUGCACAGUCCAGCUGCUACAUCGCUACCACCGAUGAGUUCAUUUCGUGGCGGUGCUAACAGUCUACAACAAAUGACUGGUGGACCACCAUCACACUCACCAGCAUUAUAUAAUUCCCCACAACCUCAUGGACCGCAGCACAAUCCAUUGACAACUAGCGGUCCACAUGGUCAUCAUGCUUUAAGUCAUGCACAUCAUGGUCAGCAACAUAGUCCUGCAGUACAAAGUGAUAAUUUCGCUGUAGGUGUGAAUACGUCUGUUGGUGUCGGUGUUAAUAUGGGGCCCAAAAGUACAGCAACUGGUACUGGUGUCGGUGUAGCAAGUGGUAAUAAUGCAACGACUUCAACAUUACGUCAACACAUGUAUAUGUCAGCUGCAGCUGCUGCUGAUCAAAGUAUUAGUAGUUUCAGUUCGAACCCAUCAACGCCAGUUAAUUCCCCACCACCGUUGACUCAGAGUGGUCUAACGCAAGCAUUACUUGUAGAUAAAGCGUCAGUAGGCGGUGGUCCGCCUGGUGCAUGGGGUCAUGCAGUCUUAAACGGUACUACUGGUACCAAUGCUAAUUCUGUAGCCGGUAGUAAUUAUGCCGGUGAUAUGGUACCGUCCGGACUACAUACAAUGGCAGCUGUCUUCCAAAGUGCACGUAUGGAGGAACGCUUAGAUGAUGCCCUAAAUGUGCUACGUAACCACUGUGAACCUGAGCUGCUGGGCGGCGUGGGCGCAGCGCUUUCAAAUAUGGACAAUAUUGAUAGUUUAACCACUUUUGUACCAACAUCACCGCCAACACAUAUGGUAGGUGGUCCUGGUGCCAAUACAUCACUCGGUUCCACACACGAUGUUCUAUCAGGAGGGCCAGCAGUGCAAGGUGUGCCCGGUUUACCAGGUGCUUCUGCAUCAGUAUCACAAAUAAAAAUGGAACGAACGUCAGUUACAACAAAUGCACCAACACCUUCCACAAAAUCCACAAAAAAACGCAAAGAAACUGCAUCUGCGAUUGCUGCCGCAUCAAAUGCCGGACCAUCAACAUCAACAAUAACCGCGUUGGGCGUUGUAGAUACACCUGAUUCUAAACCCACCAGCUCAAUGGAGGCUACACAACAGCAACAACAACCACCAUCAACAAAAGGCUCGAAGAGGCCGCGACGUUAUUGUUCAUCAGCAGAUGAUGACGAUGAUGCCGAACCUGUAGUUAAAGCUAUGAGAGAAAAAGAAAGACGUCAAGCAAACAAUGCACGCGAACGGAUACGUAUUCGAGAUAUAAAUGAAGCACUCAAAGAGCUUGGCCGUAUGUGCAUGACACAUUUAAAAUCAGAUAAACCACAAACAAAAUUGGGCAUACUUAAUAUGGCUGUUGAGGUGAUUAUGACAUUAGAGCAACAAGUACGCGAACGCAAUCUUAAUCCAAAAGCAGCAUGCUUAAAGCGUCGUGAAGAAGAAAAAGCCGAAGAUGGACCCAAGUUAGCUGCACAACAUCAUAUGUUGCCGCAAGCACCAGCCGGCGUUGGUGGUGUGUAUGGGCAACCAACGCUAGCACCACCACCACCAGGCGGACUACCCGUUCAAGCGCAGCCACAGCAACAAGCAGGUGGCGCUGUUAGUCUGCCGCCACAUUUACAACACAAUCCAACACAGCAUUCACAAUAGCAGGCGCCUAGUAUUAGUGCUGAUCCGCCCACUUCCCAUCUGCCUCAGCAGCAACAGCAGGAGGCCAAUACACAGCCUACAGACCUAGAGCAACAAUUGCUCUUAAACAAUCUGUUCAGACGACGCCAUCCACAUACACAUUCGCAUGCAGCACCAUUGCAUCACCAGCAACAUCAGCAUCUACAUCAGCAACAACAUCAACAUCAACACCAACACCACACAACACUUACACUUCAACAUCAACAUCAACAGCAACAGUUGUAGGUCAAUCUGCCAAACGCACCAACUGAUAGCACCACCAAUAUUUUCAACAACUUUAAUACCACCAGCACCGCAACCACCAUAUAAAAUAUUUUGAUAAUUUGUUUGUUUGGAACGUGGCCGUGAAAAGGAUCAGUGAUCGUUGCAGUGAACGUCCUUUGAACGCGCACUCGUCAUAAUUGUACAUAGAUUUGAGUAAGAAUUUUGUUUAAUGGUAUUUUUUUUAUAUUAAUAUUUACAGCAUUUUUUAGUUUGCAUGAGAUGAUAUCUGUUUUAAUUUUUAUGCUAAUGUAUGUUUGCUUAUAUACUUAAAAAAAAGAAGACCUUUUUCCUGCAAUGACGAAAAUAAGGUUAUACAUUUCUUCGCCUCAAGAAAGAACUGGUCAAAUCCGUAUACGUGUAAACGUUUAAUUUUAUAUUAAUUUGUAAUUUGUUAUAUAUUUUAUUAUUCAGGGUAUACCAUAGCAUUCUUAUCGUUGCUACUUAUAGCCGUAAUGUUGUUUCUAUGAAAAUUUGCAAGACUACUUUAUUAUUUGCUA